AUGGCUCUCCACGUCCCCAAAGCGCCGGGCUUCGCCCAGAUGUUGAAGGAUGGCGCGAAGCAUUAUUCAGGUCUGGAGGAGGCCGUUUUCAGAAACAUCCAGGCAUGCAAGGAGCUGGCUCAGACUACAAGAACUGCAUACGGACCCAAUGGCAUGAACAAAAUGGUCAUCAACCACUUGGAGAAACUCUUUGUCACCAGUGAUGCUGCCACCAUUCUGAGAGAGCUUGAGGUCCAGCACCCAGCUGCUAAGAUGAUUGUGAUGGCAUCCCACAUGCAGGAGCAGGAGGUGGGAGAUGGGACUAACUUUGUCCUGGUGUUUGCUGGUGCUCUGCUGGAGCUGGCAGAGGAGCUGCUCCGAAUGGGUCUCUCGGUGUCUGAGGUCAUUGAGGGCUAUGAGAUGGCCUGCAAAAAGGCUCUGGAAAUUCUUCCUGACCUCGUUUGCACCUCUGCUAAAAACCUGCAUGACUUGGCUGAGGCUACCGCUAUGAUUCGUACUGCUGUGAUGAGCAAACAGUACGGAAACGAAGACUUCCUUGCCGAUCUCAUCGCGCAAGCCUGUGUGUCCAUCUUCCCCGAGUCCGGCAAUUUCAAUGUAGAUAAUGUUCGAGUGUGUAAGAUUUUGGGUUCUGGUCUGAAUGCCUCAUCAAUGCUGCAUGGAAUGGUUUUCAAGAAGGAGACUGAAGGAGACAUCACAUCAGUUAAAGAUGCCAAAAUCGCUGUAUUUUCUUGUCCGUUCGACUGCAUGGUUACUGAGACCAAGGGCACAGUGUUGAUAAAGAAUGCUGAGGAGCUGAUGAACUUCAGCAAAGGGGAGGAAGACCUGAUGGAGGCGCAGGUGAAGGCCAUUGCUGGCGUCGGUGCUAACGUGGUGGUGACCGGGGGCAAGGUGGCAGAUAUGGCUUUACAUUACGCCAACAAGUACCAGCUCAUGGUAGUCCGGCUCAACUCCAAAUGGGAUCUUAGAAGGUUAUGCAAAACUGUUGGUGCUGUAGCUUUGCCUAGAAUGACUGUUCCUACUCCAGAGGAGAUGGGGCAUUGUGACAGUGUGUGCCUGACCGAGGUCGGAGACACCCAGGUUGUAGUGUUCAAGCACGAGAAAGAAGAAGGAGCCAUCUCUACGCUGGUGAUUCGAGGCUCCACAGAUAACCUGAUGGAUGAUAUCGAAAGAGCCAUUGAUGAUGGAGUGAACACUUUUAAGGUCCUUGUCAGGGACAAGCGACUGUGUCCUGGUGCCGGAGCUACAGAAAUUGAGCUGGCUAAGCAGAUCAUGUCCUAUGGAGAGUCUUGCCCAGGUUUGGAGCAGUACGCCAUCAAGAAGUUUGCUGAGGCUUUUGAGGCUGUGCCGCGUGCGUUGGCGGAGAACUCUGGUGUGAAGGGCAACGAGCUGAUCUCCAAAUUAUAUGCAGUUCACCAUGAGGGCAACAAAAACAUGGGCUUUGAUAUUGAGGGUGAAGGGCCUGCCAUGAAGGACAUGCUUGAGGCAGGCAUUCUGGAUCCUUACCUGGUCAAACACUGGGGCAUCAAGCUGGCCACCAACGCUGCCAUCACUGUCCUCCGGGUUGAUCAGAUCAUUAUGGCGAAACCAGCAGGGGGCCCCAAAGCUCCCAAACAGCAAGGCCACUGGGACAAAGAUGGAUGGGACGAAGAGCCUGAUAAAUUUGACACACAUCAUUGAUAAGAAACUCCAAAAAUGGGACAGAUCAUCAUGGCCAAGCCAGCUGGUGGACCCAGAGCGCCACAGGAGAAGAAAGACUGGGACGAGGACGACUGAGCUAGCCUUGCCUAAACACCUGCGUACCCUGCGUCCCCUCGUCAGCGUUUCGACUGUUGUUUAUUUAAUAUCAACACCUCGUUUUGUAUUUUUUUUUUUUUUCUUUAGCACAAGCUUUGGAUUCGUUCGUGUGAACAGAAAUGGAUGGCUCUGUAGUUUUUGUGGUCUCAAUAAAAGGCACUUGAGCUGUCACGUAUCUGUCAAA